UGUCAGCUGAUUCUAACGUCACAGCUGGUGCUUGACUAUUUAUUUACAAAUAUUUAAAAAAAGAUGUCUGAUUCAGACGACAACGCAAAUAAUCUCCCAGAUGGGCAAAUGGAGAACGGACACGUGCCCAUGGAGGCUCAACCAAGCCCAUCGAACGAAAGAUAUUCAGGUCAGGCUUCUGAUCAGUUCGACAUAGAUUUACCGACAUCGCAUAGGUAUUUAGGAAAACUGGACAAUGUAACAGGCUAUGCGUUCUAUGAUGAUGGAGAAGUAACCACAUUGGCGGCAAUUCAGACCAACACGCUUGUUUUCCCAGGUUUUACUCUACCUUUGGUUUUGAAUAACGAUUUGGAGAUCAAUAUGUUACAAAGACACACACUGAAAAAGAACGCUUUUGUUUUGCUCACUCCCAACAAGACAUUCAAGGGCGUGUUUCCGUAUGGAGUCAUCAUGGAAAUUUUCGAGACGCAUCUCCGCAACGACGUUCUCUACUUAAAGGCCCGAAGUAGGCAAAGGUGCAGGUUGGUCCCAGGCAAAGAAAUAAAAACCUUGAUUGGCGAACUCUACCAAGUCACUGUAGAAGUCCUCUUAGAACCAACCAUCACCUCACCCAUCAACUGCACACAAUUAAGCUCUCUAAAAGCGCGCCGAAGUUUCCAAUCCUCAGAAUAUCGCGAAUUUUACAAGUAUCGCAAAUACAGACAAUACCAUCUCUCUCAGUUCCCUUUGCCCGGUUGGGUGUACGACAAGCACGAGAUCUGUUUCCUGAUGGAUCAACUGAUCCAAGGAUUAUCCAACUACUACUUGAUAGAAUUCAUACCCGACGAUCCUGUACAGUUGUCCUACUGGUUCGUGCAAAACUUUCAACUGAGACACGAGGAAAGACUGAGAAUUAUGGUGACGCGGACGGCCAUCGAGAGGCUGCGUCUCGAACUCAAAUUUUUGAAUAUGAAAAGACUGAUUUGUUGUGCGAAUUGCGACGCCGAAAUUGCCCAACAGAACAACGUUUUUCCGAUGUCGAAGGACGGGGUCCAGAGCAACUACUGCAAUCCAGGUGGAUACGUGUAUGAGACGGUCACGGUGUCAAAGGCGACGAAUUUUAAUUUGAUUGGGUCCCCGUCGGCGCAGUUUUCCUGGUUUCCGGGGUACUCUUGGACUAUAAUGCAAUGCAGAAUGUGCAGUGCUCAUCUUGGAUGGAAGUUUUCUUCAGUUAACUUGAAACCGGACACAUUUUAUGGCCUCGCCAAGAGUGGCUUUGACGUGAAAAUCAUCUAUGAAGAGAACGAAGCUUUGUAAUCAAUUAAGGCCAAAAGUAAGAUUAAACUUAUUCUGUAUGGUUUUUUGUUCACUUGGCUGGAUUAGGCUGUGAAAGUAGGUGUAGCCUACUUAAGUAAGGUCUGGGACGUGUGGCGCCCUUUCUGUAAUUUAUUCAGCGCAAACAAGCAAUAAAUGGAAUUUAUUCAUUGUAAAA